GCAAAAAGCACACAUUAUUUCCAUUUCAAACUCUGCUCUCUACAAAUAGCAACGCUACUCGGUAUCUUUAGGCUUUAGCCUCCGCCCAAUUAUUUUCCCUCAUUUUCCCGAGAAACAAAAGCGGUUUUCGGAGCUGCAUUGCUUGGCUCCAACCCUCGCUUGAAGUUGAUAAAGAUCGUUCGUUCCAAAACCCUCCCCUGCCUGCUCUAUCUCCAUAAUGGGUGCCGGGAGAAAGACUCAGACUUUCACUUUGCAAGGAAAGACUCAACCUCAAUGGACCUCUAACAGCAGCUCAAAUUGGAGGAAUCUGAAAAAGCAGGAUCUUGGGGGUGUCAUAUUUGGUUGUAAGCACAGCACUAUCAAAGAAUGCUAUUCCAAACAGUUGUUUGGACUACCCCCUCCGCAUUUCUCGUAUGUAAAGAACAUUUCUCCUGGUCUACCACUGUUUUUAUUCAAUUAUAGUGAUAGGAAGCUUCAUGGCAUCUUUGAGGCUGCAAGUGCUGGAAAGUUGAAUAUUGAUCCAUAUGGUUGGACUGCAGAUAGGUCCGACUAUUCUCCAUAUGCUGCGCAAGUGAGGAUUCAAAUCCGGAAGCCGUGCCGGCCCUUGCCGGAAGAUCAGUUUGGACCAAUAAUUACUGAAAACUACUAUGAGUCCAAACAUUUUUAUUUUGAACUUGACAGGGUUCAAGCGGAGAAACUAAUCUCCUUGUUUUCAUCUUUUCCAACUGCUAGCACUCCCUUUCCUAUGAAUGCAAAGAGGAGAAGCACACCGUCCAAAGCUUCAUCUAGGUCUAAAACAAGUCAGGAAGGAGACAUUAUUGAAUCGAAUACUUGGAAUAGUUCUUAUCCUAAUCAGGGUAACACAGAAUGUGGCUCCUCUGGAGAUGGUCGUCCAGGUUUAGGCGCAGAAAGUCAGAUGACAGGAAUGGUAUCUAAGGAUUGGGAAGUAGAAAAAGAUAAACAUGACGGCAGAAGCUUGGAAACUUUGCGUGUUGGACGCUCUAACUCUGCUGUAGUGAGAAAUAUUGAUGCUUCUGCUGGAAAUCCAAGUCACUCCAAUAUGGGAUUUUGUAAUGCUACAGAUUUGGCGUGUGAUAGCAGAUUGUUGGAAGUUGGGAACGAGGAAGAAUCAGGUGGAGAAAGCUGGGGUUUGGAAGCUUCAUAUCAUAAGGAAGCAGCUCAAAAUUGUCAAAUGCAGGCUGUAGGAGAGACACAAAGUCAUGAUCAUCCUUACUGUCCUACUGUACAAACCCAAAAUAUCAAGUUGUCAGUUCCGGAAUCAAGAAACGUUUCUGACUCAGGUCAAUCUGAUUGGGGAUGGGAAUCUCCUCGUUUUGACUCUAGUUUUGACGGAAAUAUAAAAUUUCUAGAAGAUCUUGUUGAUGAUUCGCAAACAAGUCAAGAACACAUGGACCUGGGACUGAAUAGUGAUAUCCCAAACUCUUUUAUCAUGACAAAAGAAACUACCACUUUUACUCUUUGCCCUCAGAAUCAAGGUAGAGAAUAUACAACGGAAGCUCCAGAGUUGAACUCGUCUUAUCAAAAGAUUGCAAAAACACAGUGGAGUGUUUCAUGUGUUGCACCUCAUUUGGACAAUGAAAGCCCCUCUUCGGAAGCUGUUGCAGAAGAGGACACAAAUGAUGUGAUAGACGAGGAACACAUAGACUUCCAAUCCAAUGGUGAAUAUACCUCAUUUCCUGCUGCGAUAACUGUAUCAAACAAUCAUCUUUGGGACGAGGCUGGGGUAACUGGGAUGAUGUCAAAUGGUCCUCGCUCUCCAGAAACAGCAAACAUCUCGGAGAUGGUGUCUUCUAUUGUGGCCAAGUUACUUGAUGAGGUCAAAGAGCUGAGAUCAUCUCAUCUAGCACAAGUCCAGAAAAUCAGUUUGUUGGAGCAUGAUAUGGUCAAAUCAAGAUUAGAGAUUCAACUCUUAAAAGAUAGAUGCAAGAAAUUGGAAUCCCGAUCAUCAGAAAAAACUGGAAAUGUCAAAGAAAAAGUGCUCGAACCAUUUAUUGAUCCCCGACAGGAACUUGAAGAGUCAAUACUUUUAGUAGGAGGAUUUGAUGGUUCUUCAUGGUUAUCAGCUUUGGAUUGUUAUCAUCCUUCUCUUGAUCAUAUGGAAUCCUUUAGUCCUAUGAGCCUUGUACGUUCACAUGCCUCUGCAGCAAAGUUAAAUGGUGAAGUCUACGUUUUUGGCGGUGUAUACGAAAAUUUGUGGUAUGAUGAAGUUGAAUCGUAUAACCCGGUGAGGAACACGUGGACUAGGCGUCCUUCACUGAAUCAAAGGAAGGGAGGCUUAGCGGGUGUUUCUUUCAAUGACACAAUUUAUGCAAUUGGUGGUGGAAAUGGUGCUGAAUGCUUUUCUGAGGUGGAAAUAUAUCAUUUGGGUAUUGGAAGGUGGAUCCCCACUCAAUCAAUGCUACAUAAGAGAUUUUCCCCAGCUGCUGCGGAAAUCAACAGGGCGAUCUAUGUUGUUGGAGGAUAUGAUGGAAAGAACUAUCUGAAUUCAAUGGAGAGAUUUGAUCCUCGAGAAUGCUCAUGGACGAGACUUGGGAGCAUGUCAACAAGGAGGGGUUGUCAUUCCCUGGCCGUUCUCAAUGACAAAUUAUUUGCUAUGGGCGGUUAUGAUGGUGGUAAAAUAGUGUCAACGGUUGAGGUGUUUGAUCCUCGUAAAGGUUCAUGGAUGAUGGGGGACUCUAUGAACAGUUGCCGGGGAUACUCUCCUGCUGUUGUAUUUGGAGAUGCAAUUUAUGCCAUUGGUGGCUUGAAGAAGGGUGAUGAAAUUUUGGACACGGUGGAAUGCUACAAGGAAGGCCUUGGAUGGCAAGUUACAAAUUUGAAAGCCAUAGGAAAAAGGUGCUUCUUCUCUGCCAUUGUCUUGUAAUGUAAGAUCGGAAAUUAAAAGGUUAAAAAGAGGCGGCGUUGCCCAACUCUUCUUGAUAAGACUAUAUGGUAAUUAUCAUUAUAGGUCCUUUUUCACUUCAGGUUUCGAUUAAACUCUUCUAACGAAACACAAAAACUAGAAAAAAAAAAAAAAAAGUAAAAAUCGGCACAUGAAAAACGUACAUUACAUUAUAUGAGUACGUAAACAACUGGCAACCAAGUUAAUUACUUUCGCUUAAGUAAUGGAAAAAGUAGUAAUUUUAU